AUCAUCAUCACCAUCAACACCACCAUGUCCUCUCGUUCUCUCCUGCUGGUUCUGCUGGUUCUCUUCUACCUUCAGUUCUUCACAACUGCACAACUGUAUGCAAUGGCACUAUAUGAAUGCUGUUUCAAAUACCAGCCACAUCCAAUCCAUGCAAGACUCAUUACAGGGUAUAAAGAAACAGACCGGCGUCAGUGUCCAAAACCUGGAGUCAUUUUCACGCUAAAGCGCGGUCGCCAUGUCUGUGCAGAUCCCAGAGUUGAGUGGGUGCAGAACAUCAUGAAAACAAUUGACAAGGGCUCGUUUAGAAGCUGGGUCCAACCUGAAGAGCCUGUUACUAUUACCGAGCCAGUUUCUACUGCCUCAACCAAUACAGAACAGCCUGACAACCCAGUUCCUUCUCCCUCAACUAGUAGAAACAAGCCUGUUACUAUUACCGAGCCAGUUUCUACUGCCUCAACCAAUACAGAACAGCCUGACAGCCCAGUUCCUCCUCCCUCAACCUGUAGAAACAAGCCUGACAAUCCAGUUUCUACUGCCUCAACCAAUACAGAACCUACAAGUCAUCCAGCUCAACAGGAUUACACAGACGAACCGGAGUCUGACAAGACACAUUCUCCUGCCUCAUCAAAUAUUGUAGGUGCAACUGGAGCAGAUGUGUAUUGCUUCACAUACUAGAAGAAUCCAAUAACUGUAAAAUUUAUUAAAGUGUAUGAACAUCCAAAAGCUGGAGCCAUGUAAGUUUUCAAGCAGUUGUUACUCUUUAAAUUUAUAUUAUGAUAAGUUAUGACGACCAAUUACUAUGUGAAAGUACUUGAUUUUUUUGUUUUUAUUGCAGUUUUACCCUAC